CUUAUCAGAUCGAAAGGUACCUAUAGGUACUAGUUGACUUUACGUUGACGCUACGCGUUUUUCUUUGUUUUUAUUAUUGUGCUAAUAUUUUAUUUAAAAGUUUCGUGAAAAUAUUGAACUAUGAAAAAAGGAUAUAAAGUUACAGAUGUGAAACGGGUUAAAAAAAUUGGGGUAGCAGCUGAAAAUCUGGAAGAAUUAAUUGAAAAAUCGCGCAAAAAGUUAGGAUUCAAUGUCAGCUGCGCAGAAUGCCGUCUCUAUGUAGCCGAGGACGGGACUCAUGUAGAUGAUGACGAUUAUCUAAAAACUUUGCCACCACAGACCCUAUUUAUCUUAUUACAGGAAAAAGAAAAAAUGGUAACUGAUUUUGACUACUACUACAAUAUGAUUCGCUCCAGCAAAAAGGAUUAUAUAGAUACUGGAUUAGCUGCUAAAGAUUUCCUCAGUACUAACUUCAAAGAAAAAUUUCAAGUAUUCCAGAAGUAUAUAGCAGCAGCUAAUGAUGCAAAAACUAUGCUUAGUGAGCGCACCCAAGAUCCUGCUUGGUUUGAAGGACUUGAGCCCUCUGAAAAAACUAAAGAGCAGUCCAUGUCGAAACGUGUAAAAGAACGCAUGCGAGGAUAUUUUUAUAAAACUAAAAGUGCUUUGCAAUCAUCGGAAUUAUAUGUACACUCCAAAAAUGGACGAGGUAAGAAACUAAUUGAUCAGUUCCUAUUAGAUCUACGAAAGCUUCUGGAAUCCAAUAAAUACAAUGAAGGUUACUUCAAUAGACAUGAUAAUACUACACGUAUGUGUAACGAAAAUGGACUUUUUGAAUGCGGUGGACUAUGGAAUAAUAAGAGAUGCAUGUAUGACGGUGAACACGUUAUAAAUCCCUACAGAAGUCGGGAAGAACGUAUUAUUUUUCAAACUUGGAAUCUGGAUCAUAAAAUUGAAUUAUCUCGAUCAAUCGUGCCAAUGAUAUUGAAAGCUAUUGAGAGACUAGGCCAAGCAGCAGUACAGUGUAUGUCUUGCAAAGAAAUUUCUGGGGAAGGUUUAAUUGAAGCUGAUAGAUAUUAUUUACAGAUAUUUACGCGCGAAAACUUAAAAUUGGUGCAUAUCGUUUGUCAUUAUAAAGGAAAACAUGACAUUCAGUCCGAUGUAUAUACGUUAUGUAAAAAAUGUUUUACUAGUCAUAACAUUGAAUAUCAUUAA